UCCCUCAGCGACAUCAUCCAAAAACACAGCAUCGGUUUCCACAUGUAUGCUGACGACACCACCCUGUGUCCAAAUUGUCUGACUGCUUGUCCAGCUUCGAGCACUGGAGGAGCGGAAACUUCAUCCAGCUGAAUAUUGGGAAGAUUGAAGCCAUUGUCUAUUCCCUAGCCACUGAUUCCAUUCCUAGUAACUGUGUGGAGCUGAGACUGACGGUUUCUAAUGUUGUCAUAUUUGUUCCCAAAAUGACCUUCCAACCACAUAUCCACACCAUCACUAAGACUACCUUUUAACAUCAUCUGACUGUGCUCCCUCCCUCAAUUCACUGUCUACUGAAACCUGAGGAACAUUUGCUUAAAUCCUUUCAAAUCCAGACUGGUGUGGACAUUACCUGCUACAGCUAUUGAGCAUGAAUGAUGAUGACUCCUUGCACCGGCUGGAGGGCAGUGACCCUGGCAAUCAGAUUGGGGGAUUAAUAAUAAAAAAGAAGAGUGCCUCAGAUGACCAGCAUAUUUUUCGUGCACCAGCACCAAAGACCUCACUGUUAGGGCUUGAUAAGUUGGCUGCCCAGAAAAGAAAAGAGCGGGAAGAGAAAGAAGAAGAAGAAGAAAAGAAGAAAUCAAAGGUGUCAUCGUAUAAAGACUGGGAGGAAGGAAAGGAAGACUUUGGUUCUGAUGAGGAAAGUGGUGACAAAGUAGGCAGAGGUGGGAAAAAAGAGAGAUACUAUCGUACCUCUGGUGCAGAGACGCCUUCCCACACAGGUGGUGUUAGCGAAGAAUUUAAGGAACGGCAUCGACAAAGAGAACGGGAUCGUCGUGAACACGGGGUUUAUGCAUCAUCAAAGGACAAUGACAAGGAAAAGAAAAGGGAUCGAAGCAGAGACCGUGACUAUGACCGAGAGUGGAAUAGGUCCAGUUCCUCCAGGAGAAAAGACAGAGACACUUCAGAGCGCAGUGAAAGAGGGUACAGAGACAAUUGCUCAGAUCGAAGCAGAAGCAACAGAAAAGGUGAACCAGGCACACCCAGGCACAGGUUAAAAGAUGCUCUUACUCCUUCUCGAUCUAGCUGGGAUGAUGAUGACAGUGGAAUUGCAAGUCAGUAUUCUCAUCGAUCUCAGUGGGAGUCUCCAUCUCCUACUCCCUCACAAAGGGAUUCAGAUAAGAGUGAAAGAAGUUAUCGCUCUUCAGGUCGUGACACGGAGAGGCGUGAUAAAGAAAGGUCUAGAAGGAACCAUUAUGAAGAGGAUACACCCCUGCCAACACCAUCGUACAAAUACAAUGAGUGGGCUGAUGACAGAAGGCAUUUGGGGGCGACACCUCGACUUUCCAAAGGGAAAGGUCGGAGGGAGGAAGGUAAAGAUGGCAUUUAUUUUGAAAACGAAGAUGAGCAAAGGCAGUGGGAGGAAGAUCAAAGGCAAGCAGAUCGAGAUUGGUACAUGAUGGAUGAAGGACAUGAUGACUUUCACAAUCCCCUGGCAUACACUUCAGAGGAAUAUGUGAAGAAACGGGAGCAAUUGUUGCAGAAACAGACACAGAAGAGAAUUUCUGCGCAGAAGAGGCAAAUUAAUGAGGAUAAUGAACGAUGGGAAACUAAUCGAAUGUUAACCAGUGGCGUGGUUCAGCGUCUGGAAGUGGAUGAAGAUUUUGAAGAGGACAAUGCAACACGAGUUCAUUUAUUGGUGCACAAUUUAGUUCCACCGUUCUUGGAUGGACGAAUUGUCUUUACCAAACAGCCAGAGCCAGUGAUUCCAGUGAAAGAUGCCACAUCUGACAUGGCAAUCAUCUCCCGAAAAGGAAGCCAGCUGGUUCGCAAGCAUCGUGAGCAGAAAGAGCGCAAGAAGGCUCAGCAUAAACACUGGGAACUGGCUGGGACCAAACUGGGAGAUAUUAUGGGCAUAAAACAGGUGGAAGAGAAGGAUAAAGACAUAGGAGAAGAUGGGAAAGUGGAUUACAGAAUUGAUCAGAAGUUUGCUGACCAUAUGAAGGACAAAAAUGUGGCAAACAGUGAAUUUGCAAAGAAGAAAUCCAUUCUUGAACAGAGACAGUACCUACCUAUAUUUGCCAUUAGAGAACAGUUACUCAAUAUAAUACGUGAUAACAAUGUCGUCAUUGUUGUUGGAGAGACUGGUAGCGGAAAGACCACUCAACUAACUCAGUAUCUUAGUGAAGAUGGCUAUUCAAACUAUGGCAUGAUUGGAUGUACUCAGCCCAGACGUGUAGCAGCCAUGUCUGUGGCAAAACGUGUUAGUGAAGAAAUGAAUGUGAAUCUUGGAGAAGAGCUGAUGAAAAUCCACAUGCAGGUAGUAGUACACACCCACAUCUACAAACUGAGAUGCACAUACCUCACUGGCAGAUGGAUAGUGGAUGUGGAGGCUCCUAUUCCCAAAGAAACCUGCAACAUUUGGCCAGAAGGCAUGAAUAGAAAAUGUGAAUGCCCAGCCAGCCAUAAUGCUAGAUGUGUCACCAGAAGCUGCCCAAUCAAAGUGGGUUAUGCUAUUCGCUUUGAAGACUGUACGUCUGAACAAACUGUCAUUAAAUAUAUGACAGAUGGUAUUCUGCUUCGGGAAUCCCUGAGAGAGGCAGACUUAGACCAUUAUAGUGCUGUAAUUAUGGAUGAAGCCCAUGAGCGAUCACUAAACACUGAUGUACUGUUUGGCUUACUUCGAGAGGUUGUAGCUCGUCGUGCUGACCUAAAGCUAAUCGUUACAUCAGCAACUAUGGAUGCAGGCAAAUUUGCAGCAUUUUUUGGGAACGUUCCUGUUUUUCAUAUUCCAGGCCGGACAUUUCCUGUGGAUAUUUUCUUCAGUAAGACUCCCACAGAGGAUUAUGUGGAAGGAGGUGUUAAACAGGCUCUUCAAAUUCACCUAUCAACUAUUCCGGGUGACAUAUUAAUAUUUAUGCCAGGCCAGGAAGACAUUGAGGUGACUUGUGAUCAGAUAGUGGAACGACUAGAAGAGUUGGAAAAUGCUCCCCAACUUGCUGUGUUACCAAUAUAUUCCCAGCUGCCUUCUGAUCUCCAGGCCAAGAUUUUUCAAAAGGCUCCAGAUGGAAUCAGAAAGUGCAUUGUGGCUACAAACAUUGCAGAGACAUCACUGACUGUGGAUGGGAUCAUGUUUGUUGUUGAUUCAGGAUACUGCAAACUGAAAGUUUUUAACCCUAGAAUGGGUAUGGAUGCUCUUCAGAUUUAUCCAAUCAGCCAGGCUAAUGCCAAUCAGCGUGCAGGUCGAGCUGGGCGAACAGGUCCAGGCCAAUGUUUUAGGUUGUACACGCAAAGUGCAUAUAAAAAUGAGAUGCUGACCACCACUGUUCCUGAGAUUCAGCGGACGAACUUAGCUAAUGUGGUACUGCUGCUUAAAUCACUGGGUGUGCAAGACCUACUCCAGUUCCACUUUAUGGACCCACCACCUGAAGAUAACAUGCUGAAUUCUAUGUACCAACUCUGGAUCCUGGGUGCCCUUGACAACACAGGCAGCCUGACUCCAACUGGAAGGAUGAUGGUAGAAUUCCCAUUAGACCCUGCACUCUCAAAGAUGUUGAUAGUAUCAUGUGACAUGAGCUGCAGUGCUGAUGUCCUCAUCAUUGUUUCCAUGCUUUCAGUGCCUGCAAUCUUCUAUCGACCAAAGGGUCGAGAGGAAGAGAGUGAUCAAAUGAGAGAGAAGUUUGCUGUACCAGAAAGUGACCAUUUGACAUACCUUAAUGUUUAUCUGCAGUGGAAGAAUAACAACUACUCUACCAUCUGGUCUAACGAGCACUUUAUUCAUGCCAAGGCUAUGAGAAAGGUCCGAGAAGUACGUUCCCAGUUAAAGGAUAUAAUGAUGCAACAACGUAUGAAUAUUGUAUCCUGUGGUACUGACUGGGAUAUCAUCAGAAAAUGCAUCUGUGCGGCAUAUUUUCACCAGGCUGCAAAACUCAAGGGUAUAGGAGAGUAUGUGAAUGUGAGAACAGGCAUGCCUUGCCACUUGCACCCGACCAGUUCACUUUUUGGCAUGGGUUACACACCAGAUUAUAUUGUGUACCAUGAACUAGUGAUGACUUCAAAGGAGUACAUGCAGUGUGUUACUGCAGUGGAUGGGGAAUGGUUAGCUGAACUUGGACCAAUGUUUUAUAGCGUCAAGCAAGCUGGUAAAACUCGACAGGAGAAUCGUCGUCGUGCCAAAGAGGAAUUGUCUUCUAUGGAGGAAGAAAUGGCCAUGGCACAGGAACAGCUUCGGGCACGAAAGGAAGAACAGGAAAAAAAGAAUAUUCUGAACAGCACGAGGUCGGUCAAGAUUUAUACUCCUGGACGGAGAGAGCCAGGGACACCAAUGACACCACGCCAUACCCCAGCACGCUUUGGACUUUGAUUGUUAUCCAAUUUUGUUUUUAAUGUUUUUUUUUAAUUUUGUACAAAAAUUGUUUAAAUAUUCAUGGCUUCAAAUUUAUAUUUGUAUAUUACCACUAAAAAAAUUUACAUUUUUCUAGUGCCUCAAUAACAGUAUUUGUGGUUAUGAUGUAGUAUGUGGGUUUUUCAUUUCUUCAUAGCUAAGUGCUAGUGAUUGAAAAAUUCAAGUUUACCAUCACUAUGGAAAGAGUACAGGUCCAUUUUACAGCGGUUUUGUUGCUGUCAUUGCUGGCUUUGCACCUUGGGCAGUAAAUCUGUGUCCUCAGCAUUCCAAUGGAUAUCUACAGUUUUUAUUUUUUAUGUUGCAAUUGUUUCACUGUUCAAACGUUACCUGUUUUCACACUUAGAUUUUCUGUAUUUUUUUUAAAUCCUGAAAAUUCUGUUUCUUGUGGUUAUGCGGAUUUAGUCCUCUGAAAACAUUUUCAAACUUAAGGAUCUAAACUAUCACCUUUAUUUAAGGGGAAUAACCGUUUAAGAGAACUUUAACUCAACCGUACUUUUAACCUGCAACAGAUCCACUCCUUGUCCAAACAGUAAGUAUAAUUGAUCUCAGAGGUUUUUGGGGAGUUAAUGUCAUGAGAGGACAGCAUGGAGGAAAAUGAGCAAUCUCUAGAUCUUAACUUUUUGGUAAAGUACUUUGUCACAUGGCAGGUUGCCUGACCAGGCUGACAUAUAACUGCUGAAUAAAUGCUACUUUCCAGGGACCUGUAUCGACAGCAAGAUCCAUUAGAUAUGUUAUUCUUUACUGUUUCAGGGCCAAGUUUUAUUUAAAUAGUCAAAAUCAACUUGCAUCACAUUUCUCUUCUUUCCUACCCUUAAAUUGAAUUUACCCAGCCAGCCAGACAUUUGUGUGUCAGUAUUUGGUGAGAAGUCCCUGUGAGUAUAAUUCUGUCAGGGAAAAACUGCUUUUUGCUAUUUUGACAAAACAGAGCUGGUUUUCUGUUUGUAACUUUGAGGGUUCAAACAGCAACUUUUGCCUGAUUGUAAAGUCUGUGCAACAUGAGGUAAACUUCUCUGGUGGAAGUUUGUGGCUCAGUGGAACCCAUACAUCUUGACCUACAUGGUCAAAAUCUCAUAACCUUUUGUUUCCCUAAGCAUAGCUCUAUUUGAGUAUUCAUGAAGCUGCAUAUAGGAAAAUAAGUGACGAGAUUUUUUUGUAUCCUUAUCAGCCAUUAAUUGGCUGCGCCUUCCUCAUAUGCAAAUCUAUGUUUAAAUGUUUUCACGAUUUUCAAUCUGGGAUUAAUACAUUAUUUUGUUUCAAUAUUUAUUACACAAUUUAAAUCUUUAACUGAGGCCAACCUCCUCCAACAUACUUAUUUCUCUGAACCUCACUCUUCAUUAAUUGGGACCCUAAAUGCCACAGUUAUUGAGAGAAAAUCAGGUUUUCUUCAUAUUUCCAGUAUUGUUUUAGCUAAGAUCUCUUCAUGCUUCACAAUUGUUUCAUCCAGCUUGAAUUUUUAAAAUACUAGCUGAUCUACUGUAAUUUUGGCCAUAGUAAGAGAAUGUACUGCCUUUUAUGGCAGAUGUCUCAUAUUAAUUAUUGAAGGGGUGUCCAUGAUAUGCCAAAUUUGGUCCACAACCUCCAGUAUCCAGUUCUUGAAGCCCCAUUUUAGCUAGUUUCUACUUAUGUGCAUAAGGAUAUUUUUCUGCUGUUGGCUUCAGCUGUCUUGAGCGUCACAGACCCCAUAGAUCGGAAAAGGCUACUUUUUAGGACCAGUUUUAAUAAUACCUUUCAAGAUCCUCUAGCCAUGAAAGUUCUCAAAACUGAAAAUAAUUGUGGAAGAAAUACCAGCUUUAGAGAAUGGAUGGUGGAAGAGGAGAAACAGUGUGUGGUGCUGGAAAUAACAGGCCAUAGUGGAUGGCAGUAGCACUGGUUGGCCCAAGGACAAUGCAAAUUAGCUAGACAUCAUCAGUCCCACCAGUGAAGAGCCCUAACUGCAGCAAGGAUAGGGAGAUGGUUGUCAGGUAGGCAGCCACUUUUUGUAUAGGAGUUUCAAUUAUUACCUUUGGUUACCUGGAUUUUUGCAUAUGGAUGUCUCCAGGAAGUGGAUCUUCAAUAAAUGUAAAAAUGUCCUGUUGUAAUAUAAAUCCCAGAUCUUGUAUUCAAAAACUGAGAUUGUGGAAAUGUGUGAAAAUGUUUGUCCAAUAAAUGUGGAGUUGUUUUAUUGGAAGCAAAAACAAGUGUGUUGGACGUGGGGUUAAUCAUAAUUGUGCUCCCUGCUCAAAAGAUUUUAAUUAUGUGACUCACUUAUUGCUGUGGCACAGUUUUGGGUCAUUGCUUUGAAAGUUGAAAAUUAAUGAUUUGAAAUUCAUUGUAUUCUGCAUGAAUUUGCCUGUAACAGUGGGAUAUUUAAAAAAAUUAUCUCAUAACAUUGCUAAUGGACCACUUUUUUUACACACUUCUUGUGCUUAUUCUUCUUUCACAGCCAUUGUGACCCCCUGUGUAUCUCUGUGUGCUCUGCAAUUUUCAUUGUAGUGUUUUAUCUUUCUAUUUCUGUCAAACUUUGUUCUCAUUCUGAUUUCUGGAAGUCUGAGGUUGUGCUCUUUCAGAACAUGGGCCAGUUUUAUGCAGUAUAGCAUGUGGCUUGAGGGCUAUCAGUACGGAGGAAGGCUGGGGAAAAAAUGGGGUGGUGUGUCUAAGGGUAGCAGACUAAUGGUGGUGGAGUGCUGAUUUCUGGCAGCAUUUGUGGAGGAGGUUGGUGUCUAGAGCUUGCUCACACUUUGUGGCUCGGGCCUGGGUUGCUGUUGGAAAGAAAUUUGCCUGGGAGCUGGUUUAUUGAAGCAGCAAGUUGAAAUUGGCAAAAAAAAAAACAGGAUUCUUUGAGUGGGUUGAGUGUUGUUGGUCAUGCCCUACUUCUUGAGGAUUUUUGAUGCCACCAUGUGGUUUGGUUAUUGACUGGCCACCAUCAACAGAACCGAACAAAAACCAUUUUGAGAAGUAUUGCAAUCAGAACCGGGGUCAGGAUAGUCAAGGAAACUGAAACCUGGCAGGAUUACUUGGCGGUAAUGGAACAGUGCACCAGUGGGUGAAAGUGGAGGAUGAGCAAUGGAAAUGGAGAGGGGGCUUAUAAUUUCAGAUACUAAAGUAUUUCUGCCACUUCUUGUAGCACCAACAGUGGUGGCAGUCUAGAAAUCAACAUGACAGCUGAAAUUAUUUUUUAAUCUUUUGGUGGCUAUUAUGAUUAUUGGGUGCGUUUUAGUGCGUUUUUCCUUUUUAGUUUGUCCAUUUGUGACACUGACUAACAGCCAUUCACCAUUGCUUGCUUUGCAGCUAGAGGUCUGGAGUUGAUUUAAAAAAAAAGAUAUUCUUGUCCGACAAUAAUUUUUUCAUGUAUUAGUGCACUUGCUGGAUGUAAGAUUUUUAAUUAUAGUUGUGGAAAGUCAGUACUUUUGUCCUCUGGGCAGUUAUUGCCAAGUAUAGCAUAACCUAUUGUUGAAAAAUUGGUGUUCUUGUGUCAUUACUACGCUGAAACUUUCUGGAAAACUCCCGGCCAUAUAUCUUUUUUAAAAGUGUUCUUUUUUGCACCUUUAAAUGUUUAAUAGGGGUAGUGGUGGAGGAGGCAACACUACAAUAAGCUCAAAAGCCAGGAAAUCUGGAGAAUAAUUUGGAAAAUUACAAGAAGAAUUAAACAUUAUGAAAGAAACGUUAAGUUGUUAUCUACUUGUGAGGCUGUCCACAUUGUUGUGAGCCAUGAAAAGUGCCAUAUCCUCAAGUUUUUUGCUUAACAAAUCUUUUUCACAAUUUGACCGAAGUGUUUUAUUCUGAGAUAACAAAACUCUGAUAUCUGAAUUUUAAAAAUGAUGCAGCAAUUAAUAAUAUACUCAUUUGGGUCACACAGCAUGUUGUUGCCCUUCACUGCCCCACGUCUUAGAAUGCAAUUCGCAUGGUAAAUUUGUGAUCUUUAACUCCCCAAGGUGUGGGGAGAAUUGACUACGGUAAUGAAAAUGCAACAAAAACUGUUGGAAAAUCUGAGUGAUUUAUCCUAUAUUGCCUAUAUAGUGCAUAACAUCUGACAGAAUUUACUGUAUGCAAUGCCAGGCCCUGAGUCACUAGACUGUCAACUACCACUCUAUCUCACUGGCUCCUUUACUGUAGAACUGGUUAGCAGGAAAAUACUUCACAAACAUGUCAUGCAAAGGAUGCAAGUCAAUCCCUGAAAGCAGCUUUCCAGUCAUAAAGACCCAUGAAACCUUGUGUUUCCUUUGUGCCCAGUGUUUUCACUGGUUGCUUUAACAAUGUGGUGGUGAUAAUCUGUGCCUAUUUAUGGUAAUUUUUUUUAGUAUUUUGCUCUGCUGUAACCAUUAGAUGAACUUUAGUUUCUGUGAUUAUAUCCUUCUUACAAUCCUCAGGUGCUGUACACAAACAUGUUGCCAACUGUGGAGUUCUUGGUAGCUUUAAAAUAGGAAUUAAAUCAUUUGUGCAUAU